ACCUCUGACCAUGACCAAUGUCUUUGGAAUGUGCUCGGGUGAUAAAAGAUCAGUGUAAAAUACCAUGUAAUUCUGUGUUCAGGGAAGUGGAGAGAAGAUAGCCAAGUGUCCGUGUUACUCACUUGGCUGGGGUUUUGCUUGCCAUUUCCAUCGGCCGAUAAUUAGUAAAGCUUGAAUUGGUCUACCAAACCGUAUUGUGAGCUGUCUGUUUAUUAAGAAGUGAACCUGUUUGUUUAGUUAUAAGUAACCUUUUUCAGAUGGUCUGAAUCUUAAUGACAAAGUAAUUUGGUGAGCUCCUUGUAUCUAUUGGAGACGAGGGUGGGGGUGGUACAUGAGAGGAAGAGAGAUGGUACUGGGGAAAAGAAGCCCGGUAUUAACUCUCCAUUGAAGUAUAAUCCAAGUUGAUAAAAUAUUCCUUAUUAUUGAAGUUUUUUUCAUAGUUGUGACGCUGGGUCAUGACUGCAAUGAAUUUCUCCGAAGUCUUGACAAAUGCUUUUUGUACCAUUUUGGAAGGGAAACAUUUUUGAGAGUCAUUUUAUUUACACAAGUUCUGAUUAUGCAGUGGUCCUUCAAUGCUUCCUAUCCCUGACUGGAUGACAUGCUGAUGCUUUGGAAUUUGUUUUUCACUGGUUCAGGCAAGUGUGCAACCAAGUUUACAUUGACAACUUUGUAUUUCUUUAACGCAAUUGCACACUUGGCUUUUGAGAAGGUGCUAUUUUGUGGAUAUCCUAUGUUGAAAACAUUUAAUAAUAUAUGCAGCAACAUUGGAAACCAUAUGUGAUUAAAAUUGGAAUGAGAUAUUAUGAGUUACUGAGCCCUAUAAUUAAGCGGAGUAUGAGCUGAUUCAGAAUGGACAAGUGGCACAGCGGGUAAGCAGUUGCACCACAGCGCCAGAGAUUCAGGUUUGAUCCUGACUUCAGGUGCUGUCUGCGUGGAGUUUGCACGUUCUCCCUGUGACUGUUUCCUCCCACGUCCCAAUGACGUGCGGGUUUGUAGGUUAAUGUGCCUCAGUAAAUUGCCCCUUGUGUGUAGGGAGUGGAUGAGAAAUUGGAGUCAUGUUCAUGUAGAUGGGUGUUCAGUGGUCAGCAUGGACUCUAAAGUGCCUGUUUCCAUGUGCCUUUAAAAAAAAAACUAAAGGAUUUGGAUGCAUUCCCAGGAAUGAAUUUAGUGCUGAAUCUAGUUUAAUGUUUUUUUAAAUUAUGCAGACCGCAAAUGUCCCUUGUUUUUACCACAGUGGGAUGUUGACGUUAUAUUGUGAUUGAAUCAGUGAAGUGUUGUUGAUGCAAAAUAUUAUCAGUGUUAAUAUUUUUGAAAUGGAUUUUAAGUUUAUGCUAAUUAUAAAAUAAUUCAAUCAUUAUUUCAGUUUCUCACUUCAGUUUUAGUGCAGAAGAUUAACUUCCCUUUGGGUACGGUUGAAGGAGAGAAAUUGUAAUGGAACAGAAACUGAAAUAAUUAAAGGCAAUAAUUUAUAAUUGUCACAAAAGAUGUAUUAUUCUGAACAAGGGUCCCAACCCAAAACAUCAUGUGGUACAGUGGCGCAGCGGUAGAGUUGCUGCCUUACAGUGCCAGAGACCAGGGUUCGAUCCUGACUACGGGUGCUGUCUAUACGGAUUUUUGCACGUUCUCUCCGUGACUGCGUGGGUUUUCCCCGUGACUUGGUUUCCUCCCGCACUCCAAAGACGUACUAUUUUGUAGUUUAAUUAGCUUUGGUAAAAUUGUACAUUGUCCCUAGUGUGUGUACGGGGUGAUCGCUGGUCGGCGCGGACUUUUUGGGCCGAAGGGCCCGUUUCUAUUGCUGCAUCUCUAAAGUCUACAGUUACCAAUCCAUGUUCCCCAGAGGUGCUGCUUGAUCCACUGACUUACUCCAGCACGUUGUGUCUUUGUUUCUAAAUCUGCAUCUGCCUUUCCUUGUUUAACCAUGUGUCAUUACUGUCCAUUUUCAGUCAUGGAAUAAUCUACUAUUUAUGGGAUUGAUGCCCUUUAAGAUCUCCUUAAAAACUACCCUUUACGCCAUUUUUUAAAUAAACAAUAGGUGUUGGAAUAGGUCAUUUGCCCCUUCGAGCCAGCACCGCCAUUCAAUGUGAUCGUGGCUGAUCAUCCACAAUCAGUACCCCGUUCCUGCCUUCUCCCCAUAUCCAUUGACUCCACUAUCUUUAAGAGCCCUAUCUAGCUCUCUCUUGAAAGCAUCCAGAGAAUUCUGGGGCAGAGAAUUCCACACUCAGAACUCUCUGUGUGAAAAGGUAUUUCCUCAUCUCCGUUCUAAUGGCUUACCCAUUAUUCUUAAACUGUGGCUCCUGGUUCUGGACUCCCCCAACAUUGGGAACAUGUUUCCUGUCUCUAGCGUGUCCAAACCCUUAACAAUCUUAUAUGUUUCAAUAAGAUAUCCUCUCAUCCUUCUGAACUCCAGAGUGUACAAGCCCAGCCGCUCCAUUCUAUCAACAUAUGACUGACCCGCCAUCCUGGGAAUUAACCUUGUGAACCUACGCUGUACUCCCUCAAUAGCAAGAAUGUCCUACUAUUUUUAAUCUAGAUCUUUUUCUUUUGUCUGAUUAUCCAACAGACUUGGGGCAUUUCAAACUGUUAAUGUUAUGUGUGUAGAUCAAUCACUAUUAGCCGAGAGGGCUACAAAGUCACCUGUGCAGCCCCCUGUGGAAAAGACUCUGGCGAUACCAGUGCUGACUGGACCAACACCUGCAGUGCUGUCACCUGCAAAGAGCACGGCAGAGGGCCCGUACCGUAUACACGUGCGGGACAUGUUUGUAAGCCCAACCCCAAGUACAAAGACUGUGUUUAGACACUUAUCAUGGACUUUAAUUGAUGAAGGUCUCCUUCGUUUCCUUAUAUUCAUCUUGCUCAUUUCGUAUCCUCCACUGUUUAGCUGUUGCUUUAGCUAACGUUUACAUCCUUAUUAUUGUGCUGUCUGUAAGCUUUAGUUUUAUAUAUACUUUUAUUUAGUUUGCGGACUUAUGUUUAGUGAGAGCUUGUACGGGAGUACAGAGAAGGCUCACCAGACUGAUUCCUGGGAUGUCAGGACUUUCAUAUGAAGGAAGACUGGAUAGACUCGGCUUGUACUCGCUAGAAUUUAGAAGAUUGAGGCGGGAUCUUAUAGAAACUUACAAAAUUCUUAAGGGGUUGGACAGGCUCGAUGCAGGAAGAUUGUUCCCGAUGUUGGGGAAGUCCAGAACACGGGGUCACAGUUUAAGGAUAAGGGGGAAGUCUUUUAGGACCGAGAUGAGAAAAACAUUUUUCACACAAAGAGUGGUGAAUUUGUGGAAUUCUCUGCCACAGAAGGUAGUUGAGCCACAGUUCAUUGGCUAUAUUUAAGAGGGAGUUAGAUGUGGCCCUUGUGGCUAAAGGGAUCAGGGGGUAUGGAGAGAAGGCAGGGAUGGGAUACUGAGUUGGAUGAUCAGCCAUGAUCAUAUUGAAUGGUGGUGCAGGCUCGAAGGGCCGAAUGGCCUGCUCCUGCACCAAUUUUCUAUGUUUCUAUGUUUAAAAAGGAGGAUGUAGAUCAAUCAGCCGAUUUGAUCCAUGUCUGGUUUUUACUGUCAUACACCCAAUCCGUAAUCCAGUUCGGGUUUCUACCACGUCAUCUAGUGUGCCGGUUCGGCUAUUCUUCAGAUUCAUCUAGGAGCUUGAACCUACAACAGCUGUGUGUAUUCACUCCAUGUGUUCUGCCAAUAAAGAACGUGUAUACGAAGCUGUACGACUCAGUGUUUAUACACCUUCGUACAAUGUGUAAGUCAAAGUUGUGGUUGCCCAAGAUGUUUUGAUUUUUCUUAUCCGUCAUUACAAUCUCCAAGCUAACAUUAGGAAAUUUGCUCAGUAUUGUUUUUGAGGUUACGGCUUGCAAAUGUGGAAGUAAACCUGCAUGGCUAAUAUAAAUCCCCUUUGCAGCUGUGCAGUGCUUUAAAUGUGGUGCUCCAGAGAUGCAGAGUUACUCCAGCAUUUAAAUCAGCGUCUGCAGUUCUUUCCUAUAUAUCCAACCCAUUUUAAUCUCUUGUUUAUUGUUUCCAGUGAUGUGACCAAAGAAGAGAGAGCGGAAAAGGCAAGAUGCAUCGCGUCACGAUAUCUGUGGUGGGAAUGACUUGUAACUCGUGCGUGCAGACCAUAGAGCAGCAGAUUGGAAAGUUACAAGGAGUCAGCAAGAUAAAGGUAUCACUUGAAAACCAUAAUGCUGCUGUUGUGUACAACCCAGAGAUUCAAAGCCCGGAGACCCUGCAGGAAGCAAUCGAUGAUAUGGGAUUCGAAGCUGCUCUGACCGACGCAGGCCCAGUGCCUGCCCCACCAGAAUCUGCCCACCACACAUAUCCCAUUCUCGCUCCCAAGCCUUGCCCGCAGAUCGGAAACCAAGCACCCACCGUGCAACAUGCGGAGAGGAAAAAGCCACCAGACCCGGUCAAUGGUGCAUUGCCUUCCACCUCCACUGCACCAAGUCUCAGUGAUAAUAUUGUGGGCGUGGCUGGCGACGGUUUUCUCGUUGAUAGGAAGUUGCCGGCGGCUGAGGACAUCAAGUUGGAUCAAGGCGGUGGUGGUGGCGGCGAGAUGGUGGUGAAGAUGCGGGUUGAAGGGAUGACCUGUCACUCCUGCAGCAGUACCAUUGAAGGCAAGGUCGGCAAACUGCAGGGGGUUCAGCGUAUCAAAGUUUCCCUGAAUAGCCAGGAGGCGACAAUUGUGUACGAAGCCCACCUCAUCACACCAGAGGAACUCAGGAGUCAGAUCGAAAGUGCCGGCUUCUUUGCUACAAUCAAGGCCAAGGCCAAACCCAUGAAGCUGGCUGUUGACAUUGAACGUCUAAUUAAUGCGACUCAGGCAUCAAAAGCUGCUCCGCAGGAAGUGACUAACAAUCGAACAAAUCUAAUCCUCCGAAUAGAUGGCAUGCACUGCAAUUCCUGUGUCACUAACAUUGAAAGUAACUUAUCGGAACUUCCCGCUGUUCAUAAAGUCAAAGUCUCUUUGGAAAAUAAGAACGUGACCAUCCAAUACAACCCAACCAUGAUAACUCCAAAUGCCCUACGGCAAGCUGUCGAGGCUUUGCCUCCGGGAAAUUUCAAAGCUUUGAUCCCUGACGAUGGUCUGCCUGCCCCUGGUGUUAUACAGCAUCCUUUAAUAUCUUCACUCCUCGAGCCACCCCUCGAAUCGAGAAAGAACCCGCUCAGCAGCGUGGCGAUGAUCAAUAUUAAGGGGAUGACGUGCAAUUCCUGCGUGAAGACUAUAGAGGAGAACCUUUCCAAUAGAAGUGGAGUGAUGUCGGUUCAUGUUUCUCUGGCACAGCAGAAUGGGAUGGUGGAAUAUGACCCUCUGUGCACCAAUGCUGAGGAGCUGAGGGACAUGAUAGAUGAUAUGGGUUUUGACGCCAUUCUUCCAGCAAGCUUGGAACCUUCAGUGAUUUUGGACGGUUUGCCCAAAGUGUCCGUAAAAGACAAAAAAAUAAGAAAUGGGACAUGUGAAACCAAAGUUAAAGGAGAGAUGCCGUCACGGGAAUCGAGCAUCACUUCCCAAAAUGCAGAGACUCCGACUCCAGAAAAAUGUUUCAUUCAGGUUACUGGCAUGACCUGUGCAUCCUGCGUAGCGAACAUCGAGAGGAACUUGAAACAGGAAGAUGGUAUAUAUUCUGUGCUGGUCGCACUCAUGGCUGGGAAAGCGGAAGUGAGGUACAACCCAUCUAUCUUAAAACCCGUAGACAUCGCCGAGUUAAUAAAGGAGUUGGGGUUUGGUGCUACUGUGCUGGAGGACAGCGAUGGAUCAAGUGGUCAUUUGGAACUGAUUGUGCGAGGAAUGACGUGUGCCUCUUGUGUUCAUAAUAUUGAAUCUACACUGAUGAAAACCAAAGGUAUAUUAUAUACCUCAGUAGCCCUGGCCACAAAUAAAGCACAUGUUAAGUUUGAUCCUGAGUGCAUUGGACCUCGCGACAUCAUUAAAUGCGUAAAGGAUCUGGGCUACGAGGCUUCCUUAGUCAAAAAAGAUCGCACUGCGAGCCAUUUGGAUCAUCGCGAAGAAAUUGGACGGUGGAGGAGAUCCUUCCUGAUCAGUCUGUUUUUUUGUGCUCCUGUGAUGAUCAUGAUGGUAUACAUGAUCAUUGCAGACCAUGCCUUCUACAAGACCCACCAGAACGGCUCGACCACUGACGAGCUGGAGGAACAUCACGCCUCGAUGUUUCUGGAGCGGCAGCUUCUUCCAGGGCUCUCCAUCAUGAAUUUGCUGUCCUUCAUUCUCUGUGUUCCAGUCCAGUUUGUCGGCGGUUGGUACUUCUAUAUCCAAGCGUACAAGGCAUUGAAACACAGAACUGCCAACAUGGAUGUCCUGAUAGUUCUCGCUACAACUGUUGCUUUCUUGUACUCUUGUGUUGUUCUGGCCAUCGCCAUGAUGGAAAAAGCCAAAGUGAAUCCAAUAACCUUCUUCGAUACACCUCCAAUGCUGUUCGUCUUCAUUGGUUUGGGGCGAUGGCUUGAGCACAUAGCUAAGAGCAAGACGUCAGAAGCACUUGCAAAGCUGAUGUCAUUGCAGGCAACUGAGGCAACUAUAGUGAAGAUAGACAGUAACCAUUCCAUUUUAAGUGAAGAGCAUGUUGAUGUGGAGUUGGUGCAGCGCGGAGACAUCGUCAAGGUGGUCCCUGGAGGUAAAUUCCCCGUCGAUGGCAAAGUGAUUGAGGGGCAUUCGAUGGCUGAUGAAGCUCUGAUCACCGGUGAAGCGAUGCCUGUCACUAAAAAGCUGGGCAGCAGUGUUAUUGCAGGCUCUAUCAAUCAGCAUGGGUCUUUGCUGAUUGAAGCUACUCAUGUUGGCUCAGAAACCACCCUCUCCCAAAUCGUGAAGCUGGUUGAAGAAGCACAGACCUCCAAGGCUCCCAUUCAACAGUUUGCGGAUAAGUUGAGCGGAUACUUUGUUCCAUUCAUCGUUGGUGUUUCUGUUACUGCUUUGAUUGCCUGGAUCAUCAUUGGAUUUCUCAACUUCGAGCUUGUGGAAAAAUACUUCCCGGGUUACAACACGAGCUUGUCCCGGCCGGAAGUGAUCGUGCGCUUUGCAUUCCAAGCCUCCAUCACUGUGCUGUGCAUCGCCUGCCCCUGUGCGUUGGGACUGGCAACUCCCACGGCCGUGAUGGUGGGGACCGGAGUCGGGGCACAGAAUGGGAUCCUGAUCAAGGGAGGGGAGCCACUGGAGAUGGCACACAAGAUUAACACGGUGGUUUUUGAUAAAACCGGAACAAUCACUCAUGGAACUCCUAGGGUCAUGAACUUGAAGAUGUACGCGGAGAGUGGCCACAUAUCCGAAAUGAAGCUAUUGGCCAUCAUUGGCACAGCAGAAACAAACAGUGAGCAUCCUCUGGGUGUAGCAGUAACCAAGUACUGUAAACAGGAGUUGGGUUCAGAUGUGCUUGGCUCGUGUUCGGAUUUCCAAGCUGUCCCUGGAUGCGGCAUCACGUGCAGGGUCUCCAACAUCGAAACGGCGUUGAAGGGCAAGAACGCCGAAGUGGAGCAGAACAAUGCGCGGAACAUGAUGCUCAUACAGAUCGACGAGAGAAGCUCUGGCGACGCUUUGCACCCUGUAAUCCAAGAGCCCACAUCAGAGAGCUCGGGGAAAUCUCCGAGCUUUUCAGUACUUAUUGGAAACCGCGAGUGGAUGAAGAGGAAUGGGCUCGACAUCAGUAAAGACGUGGACAGUUGCAUGACCGAACACGAGAGCCAGGGCCACACGGCCAUACUGGUCACUGUGGACGGUGUACUGUGUGCAAUGAUAGCAAUUGCUGACAUUGUGAAGCCAGAAGCAGAAUUGGCUGUCCACACUCUGAGAAUGAUGGGACUGGAAGUGGUGCUUAUGACAGGAGACAACAGUAAAACAGCCAGGGCCAUUGCUGCACAGGUUGGGAUCACCAAGGUAUUUGCGGAAGUCCUUCCCUCGCACAAGGUCGCUAAAGUGUCCCAGCUACAGAAGGAAGGGAAUACUGUAGCGAUGGUGGGUGACGGUGUGAACGACUCUCCAGCGCUGGCAAUGGCUGACGUUGGAAUUGCCAUCGGCACGGGCACAGAUGUAGCUAUUGAAGCCGCAGAUGUGGUCUUGAUUCGGAAUGACCUUCUUGAUGUAGUGGCAAGUAUUCAUUUGUCCAAAAAGACAGUGCAGCGAAUACGGAUAAACUUUGUGUUUGCUUUAAUUUAUAAUAUUGUUGGAAUUCCCAUUGCUGCUGGGGUCUUCCUUCCAGUGGGUUUGGUUUUACAACCAUGGAUGGGAUCUGCUGCAAUGGCUGCAUCAUCUGUUUCUGUGGUGUUUUCAUCUCUUUUAUUAAAGCUUUACAAGAAGCCCGAUCCUGUCAAAUUGGAAGCCAGAGCCCAGGGCCACAUGAAGCAGAGGUCACUCUCGGAAGUCAGUGUGCACAUCGGCAUGGGCGAGGUGAGGCAGGAAUCGCCAAAGUUAAGCCUAUUUGACCGAAUAGUGUACUACAGCCGAGCAUCCAUUAACUCUCUCAGGUCAGAAAGGCGGUCGAUCACCAACAUCCCACUGCAUGACCCAGACAAACACUCCCUCCUGCUGGGAAGAGACGAAGAUGAUGCAGUUUAACCUGGAUGAACACAAGAGAAUUGCAACUGUGUCGCCUUGGCCUCUGCUCCAGGCUGAUCAACACUUUACGCUCAGUUGGUACAUUUGAUGCACAGAUUUUUGAUUGACAUUUUUCGGUCUUUUUUGGAGGCUUUCGCUUUCAAUACUUUAUUGUUUUCCAGGUUCUCAACCAUCUCCCCCCCGCCCCCGGUACCCUGGGGAGGGGAAAAGGUGGCGUGUACCACAAGCAUCUACCUGUUGUGAUUUGCCAGCAGAGAUUAUGACGGGCUUGUUGAAUGUUAAUUGAACCAUCUUAUUUUUUCACGACGAGAAAACCUGUAACAACAUUAUCCCAUUGAAGGCAGCGGGCUUUACAUGGUCCGAGCUGCCUAUAGUUGUGCGUGUGACUUAUUUAGCCUCUCCAGUGAUUUGAAAUGGUGCCCGUGCCACCCGGCAAGGACCAAAUCCUCAUUCGAGCCGGCUCCUGACUCUCACACACCCACCUCCUUGUGUUUUUGUUCUAAAUAAAACCUCAUACAAUGUGUAGGACAAACCAAAGUGACCUCAGAAAUCCACGAUUGUAUAUUAAUCCCUAAAUUUGAUAAACGGGUUUGUAGUGUUGUUAACCUCGCCUAACUCACUACACUGGUUUUGCAAUCGGUUAAAUUAUUUCACGUCAUUCAGCAGGUAAUCAUAAAAGGCAUGUUAAUAUCGAGGUACCUCAUGGCAGGCAUUUAAUGCUGGACCCAUUUUCCAAACUGUUAUUCAAAAGAGCCUUUACUCAACCGUUUUAAUAAUAUCAAUUUGCACUUUUUUAAAAAUUCUGAAUUAUCUAAUGUUGUUCUACACACCAAUCAAUUGUUUAAAAAAGAAUAUGUACAAUUGACACUACAUGCAGUAUCCAAUCUGUAAAUCCACUUCCCAGCUCUCCCUCAGCCCACAGUCUCCGCCUCUUCCUUUCUUCUUCCCGUCCCCCCCACUCUCGCAUCAAUCUGAAGAAGGGUCUCGACCCGAAACGUCGUGUAUUUCCUUCGCUCCAUAGACGCUGCCUCACCCGCUGAGUUUCUCCAGCAUUUUAGUCUACCUUCGAUUUUCCAGCAUCUGCAGUUCCUUCUCAAACAUCCAAUCUGUUGAAAUACUUUUCCUUUGCUCUCCUCCCUCUAUGUUAAAAAUUAUUUCUCCGUGAUAUCUUGAAUUAUUGUUGGUUUUUGCAAGACAAACCAAUAGUGCAAGCGUUGACCUGAUUCAGCAAUGCUCUCCGCAACGUCUAUCAAUGAACGGUAGCCCUCAAUAGCUGCCUAUUCCAGACAGCUCACUGCAUUUUUCAGCAAAUGACAGCUAAAUUCUGGGGGGAAAAAAUCAAAUUUGGAAGGCGAGAAGCGAGAUGGUUUGUAUUUUUUUCAAUUUAAGUUUUGUAAAUAUAUGUAUAUAUAGUUACAUAUCAUGUAAUACAGGAGCAUUUUUUGCUGUGACACAAUGAGGGACUUUAUUUUAUGCAGAGCAAUGAGAAAAUUCUUUCUUCCCAAAGACGUCUUUCGCUUACAUGUCAUAAAUGCUGCUGUUAAAACACUUGUUCCAUGUUCCGACAUCAGGUCUCUCCAGUAUCGAGAUAGUGAUAUUUAAGGUGAAAUGAGCAUGGAUUGAUAAUAAUGAAACUUGUAGAAAGUCCCAGUUUAAUCUCUAUAGUUUGUAUGCAAGCUGGAUCGUGCAGUUAAACAAGACCCUUCAUCUCCCUCCGGCGCCUUGUUCUCAAUCUUAGAUUUGCAAGUCUUCAACCACUGCAACUUGCAGACUAGAUUUUAUGACAAUGGUUAUUAGCGACUCAGCCAUUUCCCCCACAGCUUCUACGUUGAAUUACCUAGUUUUGUCAUAGUGUGAAUAUCGUCAGACAUAUUAUCAUAUCGAUCUAAUAUUUCCCCUCAGUUUGCUCAUUUCAUGAUUCUAAAGAUAAGUAGACGGUUCACUUUGAGAGUCACUCCCUGGUUUCUCUGCCUGUGUCCAUAUAUCAUUCUGUUGGUCAUGUUUUGUUCUUAUUUUAAAUGCUGAUGUGUAGCCACUCAUCCGGUCUAAUUGGUCUUAAGUUGUCCCAAUUCCUUUUAUUUUUCUUUCCCACUUGCUUCUCCCCUCAACCUUUGUACUGGGAAACCAGAGGUGGCACUUCUAUACAUGGUUACAGGACGGGCAGCUCUUGAGAACAGCUUGUUUAAGAAAGAACUGCAGAUGCUGGAAAAAUUGAAGGUAGACAAAAAAUGCUGGAGAAACUCAGCGGGUGAGGCAGCAUCUAUGGAGAGAAGGAAUAGGAGACGUUUCGGAUUAAGACCCUUCUCUCCAUAGAUGCUGCCUCACCCGCUGAGUUUCUCCUGCAUUUUAUUGUCUACCUUUGAGUACAGCUUGCUUAUUUUAUGAUGCGGGAAAUGUUCUUUGAAGGGAGGUUCAUAAAUAUUGUCAUCAGUUAAUAGACAAUAGGUGCAGGAGUAGGCCAUUCGGCCCUUCGAGCCAGCACCGCCAUUCAAUGCAUUACGUUGUCUCUGUACUGUACACUGACAAUGACGAUUAAAAUUGAAUCUGAAUCUGAAUCAAUGUGAUCAAGGCUGAUCAUCCCCAAUCAGCACCCCGUUCCUGCCUUCUCCCUAAAAAGUGUUUCCUCGUCUCUGUUCUAAUAUAUGCUGUUUUUUAUCUAACACUUUUUAAAAUCAAAAGUUUUUAACGAGCCCCUGAUUCUCGCACCUGACUGUCACAAGGAUGGCACAGUGACGCAGCGGUAAAGUUGCGUCCUUACAGCGCCAGAGACCCAGGUUCUAUCCUGUACGUUCUCCCCGUGACCUGUGUGGGUUUUCUCUGGGUGCUCCGGUUUCCACCCACACUCCAAAGACGUGCAGGUUUGUAGGUUAAUUGGAUUUGGUAAAAUUGCAAAUUGUCCCCGGUGUGUAGGGUAGUGCUAGUAUGCGGGGAUCGCUGGUCGGCGGGGACUAGGUGGGCCGAUGGGCCUGUUUCCACGCUGUAUCUCUAAACUAAACUAAAUGCACACUGGCACACCUUCCGUGCAAAGUGGUCAUGUUGCUGUAACCAGAUUACUCUAUUAUCAGAGUGCAAUAGACUUGAGUGCAGCAAUCAGCCAUGUUGAGGUUUGAGAUGUGUACCUGUGAGCAUGUAUAAAGGAAGCUCAAAAUUCCUAAAUUCCAUCAAAUUAAUAAAUUCCAGCAAUUCCAUGCACCAGUGGCACCUCAGACUAACAAUUAUGUCUUGGUGGUGUAUUCAAUCUUUGAGGAAUAGAAAGAAGUUGGAAUAUGUUCAGCGGUCUGAAGAAGGGUCCCGACCCGAAGUGUCACCCAUUCCUUCUCUCCAGAGUUGCUGCCUGUCCUACUGAGUUACUCCAGCUUUUUGUGUCUGUCUUUGGAAUAUAUACCAUCUACUUAUUUUUUCUUGAUCAGAAAAAUAUAAAACAUAUUUAAAUUAUUAUGUCAAAAAUAAUUUGUAGUAACUUGUGCAACAUUUAACAUCGUGGUUGCAAUGUUAUUUAUGCUUCUGCAAACAAAAUAAUUGGCCUUCCACAUUUAACAUGGUGGUAGCUUCUUUGCUUUAAGUGUUCCCUGUGUAUUUGGGGAACUUGCUUCUCUUUUUAGAGUUAAAUUAAAAAACAGGAAAUAAUUGUAUAAAAUGGAGAGGGAUAUCAGGAAAAUAAAAUCUCUAAAAAAUGGUUUAAAUCUCUUUAGAAAAUUAUGUUUAAAGGUCCCGACCCGAAACGUCGCCUAUCCUUUUCCUCCAGAGCUGCUGCCUCACCUGCUGAGUUACUCCAGCACUUUGUGUUUGUCUUUUGUUUAAUAGUUUGUUGAAUGUAUAGUCAGCCAUUUUGCUGACUAUAACCUAAUGGAUAUUGUUAGAAUAUUGCAAAACAACAUAAUAUUACAGGCACCAUCAAAGCCUCCCUUCUUGACAAUGACUCAUUACGAUAUCAGUGGGCCAAAGUUGGGGGUUUUUAUUGCUUUCGGUUUCUCUGGCAAUGCAGGAAUUAUGAACAACGCAUGUUUGAUUGGAGUGCUACUGAAAAACUGGUGUAGACAUGCUGAUUAUUUCCUUCAUCUGGAAUCCAUGUUCACAUAUAUAUAUUUGCUGCAGUGUUUUUGUGUAACUCGAGUUGAAACCUUACUUUGCUAUCAAAUCGUUCAUUUCAGUAGACAAUAGGUGCAGGAGGAGGCCAUUCGGCCCUUCGAGCCAGCACCGCCAUUCAAUGUGAUCAUGUCUGAUCAUCCCUAAUCAGUACCCCGUUCCUGCCUUCUCCCCAUAUCCCCUGACUCCGCUAUCUUUAAGAGCCCUAUCUAGCUUUGACAGAAUCUCCUACCAGCGGGUAUAUGUACCAAUAGUGGGUUUGUAGAAUUGAUUCAUAACUAUGCCUGUUUAUGUUACCUCAGCAAAAGGCUGCCUCUCCAUUCUGCUAUCAAAUACAUGAUAAAUGUUAUUUAUUGUUGAUUGCCAAAUAAAUUGCUUGGUGCAGCACACUUACGUUCAGGCUAACAUUUCAUCAUUGCUACAGGUUAUGUCUGUGGUUGAUGCAAAAUGGUUAGAAUAGAUGAGGAAGACACUUUGCCCAACUAAGCUCACUCAUCUAGGUCAAAACCACAAUUGUUACUUCAGCAUCCAGUGUCUCAGAGAUAUUGUUGGUAAAAGACCAUAUCACACAAUCAACAGUGUUUAUCGUCAUGUGUACAAACCUCAGAACAAUUCUUACCUGCAGCAGCUCAAAAAUGUCAAUAAAUGAAUAACUGUAAUACCAGUGCAAAACAGAAACACAGUGCAACCAAAGACCCAAUCCAUAGUUGCUGUGGUUAGUGUUGUGCUGUAUAAGAGAGCCUGAGGGUCUCAGAAAGGAAGUUAUUCUUGAACCUGGUGGUCACGUUUUUCGGGCCUCUGCACCUUGUUCCCUGGCGGCAUGAGUGUGUGUUUUUUGAUAUUGGUGCCUUUUGGAAGCAGUGCCUCCGAUAGAUCAUUUCAAUGGUGGGGAGGUUAGUACUUGUGAUGGGCCACUCUGUCAGUUUAAUGCAGGGAAACACUGCUAAAUCAUACUAAAUUUCCCUGUUGUCAGUCGAUCCUAUCCUUUUUUUUCCCUCUUGCUUUUAAGAUGUCUUUCAACAUAGUUGUGUUUUUUCUCUCUUCCAUGCCUUAUCCUGACUGAUUCAAACUGUAGCAUUGCUUCUGAUCCAUUCCUUUGCAAAGCCACAAAAAUAAUUCCUUCAAUUGGUAUGUAUAGGUGGCUCAAACAAAACUCUUAACCUUGCUCACUUUGAGGAGAAGAUGCUGAGACGAUGGCCAUUUGCUUUGAUGAUAUCUGACGAUUUCUUGGCUGACUUUUGCAACUUGUCACUUCAAAUGAUUUUCUCACUAAGAUUAGAAACACUAACAAACCCAUCACACUCCUGCUCAAAGUUUGAAGUGAAGUUUGCACAUUCAAGCAUGGCAGUACUGAUUCAAAUUAAAUGUUUUAUUUUCUUACUAAUGUUUAGUUUUGGUUUAAUUUGCUGUUUUCACUUUUGCCACGAAAGAAUACCCCCAAAAUGCAUUCCCAUUGAGUUAUUUAGGAUUUACCAUGUUAAAUCAAGAUGUGGCUGAAAUGGAUCACUAAAUGCAGUAAAAUGAAGACAAGAGUGGUUAAUUGUCAUGUGUCCCACGCAGAACAAUAACAAUUCUUACUUGCAGCAAUGGCUUGAACUUGAGUUAACCAUUUCUAUUCUUAAAAUGACUUUAAGGAAAUGUCUAUUUUAUGUGUUGCUUAAUGACUAUAGUUACUAUUGAGCUUAUUUAUUGACAAACUAUAUUGACCAUUGUCAAGGUGGAGAAAAGGUAGAUUGGUGAAGAAAAAAUGUUUUUACUUAAUUUGCAAAUAAUUGAUAUUUUGAAAUGUGGAUUUUAAGGCAAUCUGCCAUUACUAUCAUGAUUUUGUUUAACAUUGGAAAGCCAUCAUCUGUUUCUGAAAGUGGAUUGUACAAUGCAUAAAUAUGGGUAAUCAAUCAAAUGCUUCAUGUUCAUAAGUUCUCGGGGCAGAAUUAGGCCAUUCGGCCCAUCGAGUCCACACCGUCAUUCCAUCAUGGCUGAUCUAUCUCUCUUUCCCAAUCCCAUUCUCCUGCAUUCUCCCCAUAACCCCGGACACCCUUACUAAUCAAUUUGUAUAAUGUUUAGCAAACAAACGUGUGGGAUUUGAUUUGAAAGUCCAAGCUGAGCAUUAUCCCAAGCGCCCUUUGAUCUUUGGACACUUGCUCUCCAAGAUGUGCGCAGUGUCAUUUUCUUUCUUAAAAUUCACAAUCUUGCACUUACCCAUAUCAAAACCAAUUUGCUAUUUAAACACCAACGGUGCAGAUUUUAAUAAUUUUAUUAUUUGUUCCCAUUGUUCUAUUUUAUACACAACUUCUCCCCCUGAAGAAGGGCCUCCACCCAAAACGUCACCUAUUCCUUUUAUCCAGAGAUGCUGCCUGACCCGUUGAGUUAGUGUCUACCUGCUCCCCCUACACCCCAGAUUUAAUGAUGUCUUCAUAAGAUGUGGUUAAUCAGUUCUCCAUUGUAACCAGGGCGAAAGCUAUUUUAGCUUCCUCAGCCGCAUUAUAUUCUUUCCACAUAUCUGCAGAAGAAAACUUUAUCAUCUUAUUGCCUUGUAUUAAAGUGUAGAGUAAUGAAAAAUAUACACCUUUUUUUCCAAAAGAUUAAUAUUAAAGUUUCGAGAUUUGUUUUUAUUUUUUAAAACGUUGAUAUGCUAUUGACCAGAUUUAAUGUGCACUUUUGUGAAUUGCAUAUAUAUAAAUCACAAUAAACGCCCAAGUGUUGACUUUG